CAUGCCGCGCCUGGAGACGCAGACGAAGCCCGGCGUCCCUUCGAUGGCUGGCUGCGGCGCGGCUGCCUCCCGCGGCCGACGCCGCCACCGAUCUCCUAGUCCUCCUCUCCAGGAUCAUGGGGUAUCAAAUUUAAGCGAAUCGGAAGGUUCCAGGACCGACAGCAGGCACCGACGCCGCCGUAAGGGACGUGGACGCAACAGAAGUGGCAAGAGAAGCCGCUGCCGUCGCGGUCGAUCGCGUGGUAGCAGUAGCGAUAGCGAUGUUGACUCGGAGACCUCCUACGAGAGCAGGAAGAGAUUAAGGAGAAGCAGCCACAAUCGCUCGAGUGGGACGAAAAGCAAGGGAUCUGAUUUCUGCGGCUCCGGUAAACACGAUCGCGCCGCCAAGGGCAAUGUCAAGGCCGGCGAUGAGAAGAAGGACGCGAUCGAGUCUAAGAAUAUGUCCGCGUCGAGGAAGCAGCAGCCCGCUCCGGACGACGACCCGGCACCGCUAGUCGGGCCACUGCCGCUGCCCCACGUCGAUGUCCAUGUCAAGUACGGCGGCGCGCUCCGGCCGGGGGAGGGCGACGCCAUGGCGCAGUUCGUGCAGCAGGGGAAGCGGAUCCCGCGGCGCGGCGAGGUGGGCCUGUCCGCCGAGGAGAUCCAGAGGUUCGAGGAGGCCGGGUACGUGAUGAGCGGGAGCAGGCACUCGAGGAUCACAGCCGUGCGCCUCCGAAAGGAGAACCAAGUGUACAGCGCCGAGGAGAAGCGCGCGCUCGCGACCUUCAACUACGAGCAGAGGGCGAUGCGGGAGAGCAAGGUCAGGGACGACCUCAGGCGCCUCGUGGACAAGACGCUCGGCAAACUCGCCGAGACACAGCAUGACCCGUUCGCCAUGCCUCCUUCACGUUAGGUAGCGAUGGAGUAGUAACAAUUUGAUUGACUUCAAUCAAAUUCGAAAAUAAAAACAGUUUGAUUGACUUCGCUGCACAUCUUGCCCUUAAAAGCAUUAUGUCAUACAUGCUUUUAGUGUCUGCAUAAAUCAUCGUCAGACGUCAGGUAUUGAACAUCUUAACUGUCCCUGUUUCAUUGUUUGGUGAAUUACCAUUUUAUGCUUGGCCUUCA